CUCCAGUGACUGCCCCCACGUAAACUUGGCCUUAGUUUCUUUUUUUUAUUAACCAUCCAAAUUUCAUUGGUAACCGCAGCACUUAGAAGGACCCUUCCGCAGCAAUCGUGCUCUUUGGAAUGUUUCGCAGGUUUAUUAACUUGCCGCUAAAACGACUGUGGGUCUGUCAUCAACCCAGUCCAUACAUCCAACCCUGGACCCUGGUAAAGAGCAAUGGAUCUGCAUUUAGUCAGCAGACUACCUUCUUCCAGGAUGAUCCUCCGAUGUCAUACGACAUUCUCACCAACGAUCUCAGCCAAACGGGCUCUUCGCCAUCGAUAAGACAGGUUCCACAAAAGGUCUGCAUUGUGGGCGAAGUUCACAGACUCAAAGUCUGUGGAUACAGACACCCUGGCAGCUGUUAUUUUAUCAGUCAGAUGGGACGCCUCUACCAUAAAGAAUCGGGCAGGGGCAAAAGGGAAUCCCGUCCAGACGUCUAUCAACGAGCUCGGCGUUUUAGGGAAAGAUCGAAUGGAAAAAUGAACAAACGUCUAAGGGAUCUAAUGAACGAGGGUGUUGACGGAUUAGACAAGGGAAUUGAGAAGAACGAAAGGACUAACCGCAUGAAGCGGUCUACCAAAAAGAAAUACUCGCCGAGUUCCUCUCACAGAUCAUAUCCAGAUGAUAAGGAGGCGUACCUCGAGUUUAAGGAACCCAAACGUACAUUCAGAAAUUUUGUUACCAUGCUCAUGUCAAAGGGUAGAAAAGUAAGGCAACAAUUGCAGGAGGGAAAGGAUGCCGAUCUUCUGAGAUACCACUCAGAUAACAAGGCUCUAAUGCAGCAUUAUCAAAAUAAAAGGAAAUACAAACGGCAAAUAACGCAAAGAAAGCCAAAGGCAAAGCCACAAGUUCCAAAGGCAAAAUAUAAUGACGAUUCGAUAGAUUGGACCUUUUUCGAAGAAUCUUUAAAUCCACAGAGGCAAAAUAAGUUGGGUCAGGAUGCAUUUUUCCCGUUAAAAACUAAAUCCAAAAGUGUUGGAAGAGCAAACGACAAAGAAAUAUCUUCACAUAACAAACCAAUACUUCCUCACUCAAUGGAAGUAAUAAAGGAACGUGAGGAGAAACUCAUAAGUAAAGCCAAGAAGGAAACUGAGGGUCGUCUUCCAUGUCUUAGAGAAUCUUCUUUCAAGUCUAUUAACCAAAAAAAUGUGAGUCGAAUUGAUAACAAAAAUAUAUGCGUAAAAUGCAUUGAUCCACAGGUGCCUUCAUCUUCUGCAGAACAGAAAGUGGAUUCUAAGAGGGUCAACGGAAAUAUCAUGGACUCAUGUUCCCACAAUUUGGGUGGUCAGAAAAACGAGUCAGGACCCAAAAUGAUUCCACCAUAUGAUCAAAAACUAACGGGCUUCUAUGACACUUUAAAGAACCGAAUUCUGUGUGAUAAUAGUUCGGAAAAAAAAGAUUGUAAAGCUGCACUAAAGCCACCCAAUACUGCUGAUUGUAUCUCGAAAAUUCCUUGUUCAAAUGCUGCAAACGUGGAUAACCAGCCACCAUCUUGUCAAUCCGGCAACAGCUUGCAUAAAGUAUUUAAAAGCCGUGUUCACAAAAAUCUAUGGUGUUCACCUGAAAAUGAUAUCGACAAAGGAGGCAUAAAGUCUAAGAAAGAUAUUGAUUUCUCAAAGUUUUUUUCAAUGUUAGAUGAUAAAGACAAGCUGAAAUUUCGAGUAGCAGAGCUAAUGGUUAGGUGUAUGUUCCUGAUGGAGAAAAGAAUGCAACAGGAUUUGAAAGGAAAUAAAGUCUGCAAUGUUGAGGAAAAGGACAAUAAUGUAAAUCAAUUAGUUGAAAAUUUCUGGAGGCAUUACAUACAGUGUUGUGAGUGCCAGAAAAAGGAUGCUUGCGCUCUUUCGAAUCCAUCAAUGUUGGGAAAUACGGAAUAUACGGGCAUAUUAAAUAAAGUAGAUGUUAUUAUUAAGCAGUGCACACACAUAAAAGAGGUGAUCGAAGGACGGUCUCUGAAGAACCAAUGUAUUAAACACGGUCUAAGCCAAAGCAUUGCAGAAGAAUUCUACAAAGCUAUGGCUAAGCUAGAAAAGAUGAGUGCAAAUGAAAAACUUAAGACUGAAUCUAAUGAAUUUGGUCUGAAUCGAAACUGCGCCAUUGAGUCUUUAAAGGAUAAGUGUCAAGAAAAAAAGGAUUUCGUUGAAGAUGUGCUAAAAAAUAUGUCUUUAGAGUGCAAAACAUCUGACAAGUACGAGCAAGACCUUUUGUCAAAAAUGAAGCUCGUUAUAAAAGAAUUGCAAAAAAAGUUAGCAGAAGAAAAGGAAAACAUUAUAAGCACAAAGCAAAAGGAUUUAUUUUCUGAAAAAUGUGCAGAAGAAGAAUUGAAGAGUAAAUGUGCUAAAGAAGAACUGAAGGAAAAGUGUGCAAUAGAAGAAUUAAAGGAGAAAUGUGCUGAAGAGGAGUUACGGAAGAUGUGUGCAAUAGAGGAUCUGAAAGAAAAGUGCGCAGAAGAAGAAUUGAAAAAAAAAUGUGCCAAGGAAAACUUAAAAGAAAAAUGUGCCAGAAAAGAAUUAAAGAAAGCAUGCGCAGAAGAAGAGUUCAGAAGGAAAUGUGCAGAAAACGAACUUAAGGAAAAGUGUGCAGAGCAAGAAUUAAAGGAAAAAUGUGCAUUAAAAGAGUUUAGGGAACUUUGUGCGAACGAAGAACUGAAGCAAAAAUGCGCAGAAAAAGAUUUCAAGGACAAAUGUUCGGAUGAAAAUCUCAAAGAGAGAAGCUCAUUAAAUGAGCAGCAAAGACAAUGCGAAGAAUUCUCCUGGAGAAAGAGAUGUGCUGAGUUCGCCCUAAAGAUGAAGUGUGAAAAUAAUAAUAGAGGCAAUUUCUUGAAUUCACUAGGAGAGCCAAAGAAAUAUUCGGAUGAGUAUAAGAAUUCAAAAAAGUUAUGUACCGAUGAGAAGCCCAAGAAGAACUCUACCGAAAAGGAUCAGCAUCGCAGUACCUUAGGAAAACUUAAAGAGAAGGUAGGACUUACGGGAAAGGGUAACGGAAAUGUGGACAAGUUUAUAUCAACGAAAGCUAAUAAAUGGCAUCAGUCGUUUGGCAGACGAAAAAUAUCGGCAAAAGAGGACAUUCAUAACUGGGGACUUAUAAAGAAGAUUUUGGACAAGGAAGACAAGGCGAUGCGAAACAAGGGACUUCAACAUGAAAAAAACUCUGAACUCGAGGGAUUAGGUAUCUUCUUAAGAUCUGCCCUAUCAAGACCCAGGAGAAGACCACAACGAGGAUUGGAAGACGACCACUGUACGCGUGACAGAAACAGGUUUUUCAAUCCACGUCAGUGGUCUUUAUUUCCCGGGCUUGCCCCUCUGUACUACCAAAAUUUGCGACGGAGUCCUCUGCUGGAGACCAACUUUCUCGUUCGCCAAUUGCUUCCCAACCUGAAGCCACUGGCCAUCAACGAUUACCUCAGUGUGUUCUGGCUCCAUCCCUUGAAUUCUUGUAACCCUUUCGGCAAACGGUGCUACAAAAGGGACGAUUUCUGCAGGGGUUCGUCCUUUUUGUAUCCCUUUACUGAAAUGGUUACGAGAAAUUUCAAAGAUGAGCGCCAGUAAAAAAUAAUCGAAAUUGCGGAGAGAUCCUGAUGAGCUGCUACUAUGUGAUGAUGCCAACUUAAAAAUACAUAUUUUAACCCAAAUUUAAAUAAAAAGCAAUAUACAACUUAAUAGAAAAGAAAAGACCAGCAAAACUACUUUGAAACGCAGUAAAAUAAAUUCACUGAUAAGAGAGUUUCACAAGACUGAGGAAUGCAAAUUUUACAGCCGUUUUCUAAUAUUCCAUCAUGAAUAAAUAUAUAUGGAUUGCAUACAAAUAUGCCGUCUAUUUAUUU